AUGGUGCAUAAUUGUGCAAUUAUAAGUUGUCCACUUCAUAAUCGACGGAAUAUUCGUAAAGGACUUCUUUUUCAUUCAUUUCCAGUUGAUCAACAUCGAUUUGAAUUAUGGCGACAGACAGUAUUUAAUCACUGCGCACAAACACUUUCGAUUAAUAAACAUUCGAAAAUUUGCUAUCAACAUUUUCAUCCAGAUGAUUAUAUUGCAAAUCAUACUGGUCUUACACGUUAUUUAAAGGCGACUGCUACACCAUCAAUUUUCACUCAAAAAAAUUCUACGAGUACAAAUCUACAUCCUUCUUCUACAUUGAAUAGUCAUCUGCUAACAUCAUCAACAAAUUCGAAUACUAAUCGAUCGAUAAAAUUAAACACACUGCUAGAAACACCACCAACACUUUUCAUUUUACCAUCCAAAUCUUCUUCAUCAAUAGGAUUACCGACAUUAACAGACACAAAAGCAAAGCGACUUUUAAAUACCAUAGAUAAAUUACAUCAAAUUCAAAAUGCAAAUAAAAUUGUUGUGACACAAAAACUAAUUUCUGAAAAUGAAAAUGAAAAUGAAAAACAAGAUUUUGAUAAUAAUAAUAAUAAAAUCAUAGAAAAACAAACAUUAAAAGCAACCCACCUCAUCAAUGAUAAUCAGAUGUUAUGUGAUAAUUUAAUGGAACCAAAGGAACUAUUUCUAAUUAAUCAUCAAAAUGCAAUCAAGGAGCAACAAACAAUUCAGGACACUUUUCAACAUUCAUCAAUGGACUCUAAUACAUUCCGGCGAGUAGAAAAUGUAGUUAUGUCGUCACCCAAGAAUCACCUAGAAGAUACAUUAUACAAAUUUCUUGAACAAGCUAAUCUUUUACAAUAUUAUUCUGCUUUCAUCGAACAAGGGGGUGACGAUUUAAAGCAACUUGCUGAAGCACAAAAUGAUGAUUUUCAAGAGAUUAUUACUCUUGUUGGAAUGGUAUCAAAACCGUUACAUAUUAAACGAUUUAAAAGAGCAUUAGCUGAUUAUCGGCAAUCAACGAAUCAUAGAGAUAUUGAACAUUCAUUUUCAAAUAGUUCGUAUUCAGCUAUUCUAACUCAUCGCUUAUCGGCGGAUGAACCAUUAUCUGAGCGAAAUUUACUUUCAUCACUUAUUACUUCAACAUCGACGAAUAAUUUACCGAAGUCGGUCAAUCAAAUUUCAUCUAAUUGGUGUAUUAAUAAAACGGAUAAUAGUAAAACUAAUAAUAUUCAUCAAUUAAUUGAUGAUAGUCAACGUAAAAGGAUUGCAGAUGAAGCAGAACGAUUAGCUAAUUUAUUACCGAUAACAUCAAUUAAAAAGCUAAACGGACGUAGUAAUAUAUCAAAAGAUUUAUUUGCUACAAUGAAUUUACCGAGAGAUUUUGAAGAUCGUUGGCAACGUAUACGAAAAUAUUCAGCUAUCUAUAAUCGAUUUGAUUCGAAAACACCUAAUCAAGUGCUUAGCUUGCAUGAAAUUCUAAUCAAUGAAGCUGCAGCUGCUAUUUGUUUUCAUAGACCAGGUUUCAUAUUAUAUAUUAUACUGAACGAAUUCUUCAUUCAAAAUUUAGAAUUUCUAACACGUCGUGACGAACUUUUACAUCUUGCUCGUCGCGUUCUUCAAAAUAUUGGAAUUCCUACGACUAAUAUUCAAAAACGACCAUUGAAUAUGUUAACAUGUGAUAUAGUACCAGCAAAACAAGUGAAAUUAAAUGUGUCAACUUCAAAAGCAUAUACUCGACAACGAGAUCCAGACGCUUUUCGAUUGAUGUGGCACAAUCGAGAAGCAAAAGUUGAACAAAUUCCUAUUCAAAUUGAAGCAUUUCGAUAUGAACAAAAUCAAUUAUUACAACAGUUGAAACAAAAUGCAAUUGAUUCAUCGUCAUCAUCUGUAGAUAAUAUUUGUCUGAAAAAACAAAUUGAUGAUUUAAGUAAACAAAUAGAACAACUCAAUGAUGAAGAAAAAAAUUUACGACGAUUAAUUCGCAAAAGAAAUAUGCGUCUUCGAGCAAAAGAACGUCAACAACAAAAACAACAGAUGCUUGUUCAUCAUUCAUCAACGAUUCAAGAUUUAAUGUUACCGAUAAUACCAAUAACACCAUCAACAUCAACAUUACCCAACGAUAUCAUUGAAGAUCAACUAACAUCAACGCCAUCAAUGCAAAUCUUCGAAACUAACACUGAUAUGUUUCAUUCAAUAAAUAUCAAAGAUGAAAAAGUUGAACCAUAUACCAAUCUUUCUUCGUCUGUUUUACAAGCAAGAAAAGAAUUUUCACAGGCAACACUUAUUGCUAAACCAAUUAAUAAACGACGCGAAGAAAUCAAUGAAAGUUCAAUUGUACUCAAUAAGGAAACAAUUCCUCAAAGCAAGUCAUCACAUUCGACACAAAGAAACCAUUCAUCAUCGACAACAGCUAUUGGUUCAGUACUCGAUCCUGACUUUCAUUCUUAUAAGCCAACUAAUAUUCUUGCGACAUAUCAUAAUGAGCAAGAUAUUGUUGAGAGCAAAAGUUUUAUCCAUACACUUGAUUUUAAUGUUCAUACCUAA